GCCGGGGUCGCGCCACUGCGCAGCCGCGGGUGGGCGGUACCACGGCGGCUGCGACAUGGGGGGGCGCGGAGCAGACGCCGGAAGUAGAGGUGGUACGGGUCCCACAGAGGGGUACUCACCGCCGGCCGCUUCCACCGGAGCCGCUGUGAGAGCCAAGGACCGGAACACAACACCCUCUGUUUUCUCUGUUCGCGGAGCGGCGCCGCGUCGCUCGCCUCCAUCAGCUAACAUGAGCGAGCGCCUCCGCCCCAGGAAAAGGAGAAGGAAUGGCAGCGAAGAAGACCACCAUCUCCCCCCACAGACUAAAAGGAGUAGCAGGAACCCUGUCUUUCACGAUUCCUGGGACACAGAGUCUUCAAGCAGCGACAGUGGCGGGAGCAGCGGCAGCAGCAGCAGCAUCAACAGCCCGGACCGGGCCAGCGUGCCGGAGAGCGGCUCAAGCCACCCCACCGCCCGGUCCAGCCCCCACGGCCCGCAGCCCGCGCCCGCGCCGUCCACGCUGUGCCAAAGCCCGUACUUCCACAUCAACCAGACCCUGAAGGAGGCCCACUUUCACAGCCUGCAGCACCGAGGACGGCCUCCCACAUGAUGUGCCGGCACUUUCUUGCCUUCUGUGAAGGGACCGCGCUGCGCAGAUUUGAUAUUUCAACUUAACGAUGUUUUAAAAAAAAUUGCACAAAAAGAUGCCUGUUGGCUUUUCAGUCUAUAUUUGAAAUAACAGGUUAACAGGCCAUUGUUUACUUGUGGUUUUGCUGCACUAUUGCGAUUUCAAAGGGGCUUUGAAGCUGUUUUUUAUAGGAUUCUUUUGAGGGUGGGUAUCAAAUCCAGGGCAAGUCAACAGUAGGAGGAAACCUCAUCUGCGUGUUGAAUCCAUAGUUUGUCCAAGUCAGACUGAUUUCCAGAUCUGUCACUUAGAAAUUCUACUUUCUGUAAAAAGGCCUUUUCAUUUUGCCGGAUCUUCAAUUUUUUAAAUUCAAUAAACUAGUAAAGAGUAUCUACUUUCCAUGAAAAAA